AUCAGCGGCAGGUUGGAUUAUAAAGGCGCGAGCGGAGUCACGGGCUCAGAGCGCACCCAGCCGGCGCCGCGCAGCACUGGGAGCCUGCUCGCCCUGCAGCCCCAGCCAGCUUGCUCCGCACCAGCCUGCUGGUCUGCCCGCCGACCCGCGCGCCGUCGCUGCCGCCCGUCUGCGCCCCUAGACCCCAGCGGCACCAUGCAUCUCUCCCAGCUGCUGGCCUGCGCCCUGCUGCUCACGCUGCUCUCACUCCGGCCCUCCGAAGCCAAGCCCGGGGCGCCGCCGAAGGUCCCGCGAACCCCGCCGGGAGAGGAGCUGGCCGAGCCGCAGGCUGCGGGCGGCGGUCAGAAGAAGGGCGACAAGGCUCCCGGGGGCGGGGGUGCCAACCUCAAGGGCGACCGAUCGCGACUGCUCCGGGACCUGCGCGUGGACACCAAGUCGCGGGCAGCGUGGGCCCGCCUUCUGCACGAGCACCCCAACGCGCGCAAAUACAAAGGAGCCAACAAGAAGGGCUUGUCCAAGGGCUGCUUCGGCCUCAAGCUGGACCGAAUCGGCUCCAUGAGCGGCCUGGGAUGUUAGUGCGGCGCCCCCUGGCGGCGGAUUGGGAACUGGCUCCGUUGUGCUGAGGUCACCUUUGGUCAUCAGCUCCAGCAUCUGGAAACACCUCCAACGCAAUGUGGCUUUUACAUUUCUUUCUUUCUUUCUUUCUUUUUUUCCUGGUACUGGGAAUACACAACACCAGCUGUUUUAUUAUUAUUUGGGGAGGGGGUUGUGAUUUUAUUAUUUGUUUUUUUUAAUGAAAAAUAAAAAGUUAUAUAUUAUAUAUAUAUUAUAUACAUGAAACACACACACCUACACCGACUUGAUGACAAGGGACAGUUUUUAAGAGACUGACAGAACCAGCUGUAAAACAUUGCUGUUUGUAAAUUCAUGUCAUGCAUAAAUGUAUUUAUGUUGUAAAGCUAUUUAUAUUGUUUAUAAAGAGAUAUUUAUAAAAAUUUUAUUUAUGUAACUAAAUGAAAGAAGUCAAUCGUUGUAAUGUUUUUGUCCUAACUAGUUGAAAACAUGUAAAAAAAAAAAAAAAAGUCAUUCCAUGAAUAUCUUGAAAACUGUCUUUAUUUACUUGUUGCCUUUAUUUUUUAGGACUUAGGCUGAGACAGAGGGAGAAUGCGAAGAGAAGGCGUUUGCCUCCAGAUAGAUGUGACAGCCAGAUAUUCAAUUCUGGAUUUCUCUGUGUCAGAAUCCCCUGGAGGCCUUGCUAAAAAUACAGAUUCCUGCUCCCUCCACCCUCUGAUCUACCGAAUCUGACAGGACUAGCUGUGUAAGUUUUGUCCAAGUGAUUCUGACCAGUUCAGCCAGGUCAGGAAGCUCUGCUCAAACACCUGACUGCUAGGAAGUCAGAUGUUAUGAAUUAAAUUAAUAACGGCUGGGUGCGAGGGCUCACACCUAUAAUCCCAGCACUUUGGGAGGC